AUGACCAUUCCGACUUCAGCACAAGAUGGGCAUUGCUCCCGCCCUAAUGAUACACUCGCACCCUCAGAGCUGAACUGCUCGAACUGUCAGCAACUCCGUGAUAAAAUGCGUCAGUACUGGCAUAGGAUAGUAUGCGACAAUAAGACACCUACGUCUAUUGACAAAACCUGCUGCAGCUCUUGGUGUAGGCAGUUGGCCUCUUUGUUCAGUCAGACGUCUUCCUGGAGAGAUCACUGUUUUAAAAUGUGGGGGUGCAGAAAAAAUGAAAAAACUCGCAUGCAGUUAUCUAUUAUAUUGACAAAUACAACAGACUCGUCGUAUUUGGGCAGAAUCCAAGUGAAAAAGUGCUGGAAACUGAAUUUUCCUGCCAUUAAGCUGACACCAUUGAGCGACUCCCCAGGCAAGAAACUUGUCGACACCAUCCUAAAAGAAGUGACAAACUCUCCUGGAAAUAAAGUAACUAAAAAAAAUAUGGAACGCACUUUCCUCACUGUUACUGAUUUGGAGGAAGUCAUCGGAAAUUAUGCCCAAAAUCUCCUUAAUCAGACCGUACCUAAGAUUGACAUCCGUGGUAAACAUGCAGAUAUAUUGGUCAGGAAGAUUUUCCACGAAAAUGAAACUGGAGUACAAUUUGAGGAUGAUAAAGGAGAAAACCACGUCAGCCUUCCUGUUACAGGCUUCGAUAAAGGAUCAGUUGUACUUUGUGUCAUUUACAAAGAUCUCCAUGAAAUAUUCCUAACAGGCCAGACCGACUCUGUUCCUGUCGAUAAAAUCAGUAAUAUCUUGUCUGCAACGAUAUGGCCGAGGAACAACACUUUCAGAAAGGAUGUUACGUUAAGAUUUAGAAACCUUGCGGAUGCACCGAACAGAAGCUGCGUGUUUUGGAAUACUUUAAAAAACAGUUGGUCAGGACAAGGGUGCCUCCUAACAUCGAGGAACGAAUCUUACACUGAGUGCAGCUGCAAUCAUUUGACUCACUUUGCAGUUCUUAUGCAGUUUGACAAGGGAACUAGCAGUAAAGUUUUACCUGAGACUGACGAAAAAGCGCUGAAAAUUCUCACGUAUGUGGGCUCGUCUUUUUCUCUGGUUGGAAUCACUUUAACAAUCAUCAGUUAUGCUGUUCUUACAGACAUGAGGGGACCCUUAUCUCAGAUUCGAGUGAGUCUAGUCGCUUCACUUGGAGCAGGUCAAAUGAUCUUCCUAACCGGAAGUGGUGCUGUUGAGAACAAGUCUGCCUGUGUUACAGUAGCAGCUUUUGUGCAAUAUUUCCUAAUGGCCGCUUUCUGCUGGAUGUUGAUCGAGGCAGUUUAUCUCUACCUGUUUGUUGUAAAAGUUUACAAUAUCAGUGACAAGAUGAAGGUUUCUCAUGGAUUUUCAUGGGGUAACUAUGAAAUAAAAAACCAUUCUCUCUUUAAUGAUCUUUUGAAAAGUAAAAGAGCAGCAGGAACCGGGCCAGGGAUUAAAAGCUAUGUCAGUGAGAAAUUCUGCUGGAUGUCAUCCACUAACGGCAUGAUCUGGAUAUUUGUUGUAUUCGUUGUGCUGAUUGAGUUGUUAAACACAUUGAUACUGGUGCGAGUUAUCAAGGAGAUGAUGAUCAUGCAGCAUGCAAAAGACAAAAACAGAGAACAAAUAAG